CUUGAUUUCCGGAGAGCAGCUUAGAUUUUAGAGAGGUAUGGCAGAAGGAAUGAGCCUUACAUCCUCUGAAGGAUUCCCAAUGAAUGGUGGCGAUGGCGAAGGCAGCUACUUCAUCAACUCUUCUCAUCAGAGAUAUGGAGCUGAUAGAUCAAAGGGAAUGAUGGUUGCCAAAAUAUUUGAAAACCUUUCCAUCGAAAAUAUGUCUUCAUCAACAACGUUGCGAAUUGCUGAUCUAGGUUGUUCUGUUGGACCUAACACAUUCACUGCAGUCGAGACCAUCAUUGAAGCAGUAUCACAGAAAUAUCAUACAACCAAAUGGCACCACUCUGGUGAUCUCCCUGAGUAUCAAGUAUACUUCACUGAUGUCGUCUCUAAUGACUUCAAUCAUCUUUUUACCAAUCUCCCUCAACCUAAGCAAUACUUUGCCGCAGCAGUUCCGGGGAGUUUUCAUGGAAGAUUGUUUCCUAAGUUUUCUCUUGAUAUUGUUUACUCUGCAUAUGCUCUCCACUGGCUAUCCAAGACACCCCAAGAGCUACUUGACCCGAACUCUCCUGCAUAUAACAAGGGGAGGAUUUUGUAUGCCAAUUCCCCUAAUGAAGUUGCUCAAGCAUAUGAGACUCAGUAUGCAAAGGACAUUCAGUGUUUCCUUCAUGCUCGAGCCCAAGAGAUUUCUCCUCAAGGAUUAAUGGUGCUCCUGGUUCCAGGACGUCCAGAUGGAACAAGUCCACAACAGCCUUCCAUCGCCCCUAUUUUCGAACCUGUGGAGUCUUGCCUUGCGGAUUUGGUUAAUGAGGGUUUAUUGAGUGAAGAUAAAUUUGACACAUUUAACUUACCAAUGUACUGCCCAUGCAUGGAAGAGCUGAAGUCACUGAUACACAAAAAUGGAUGCUUCGACAUAUUGACGUUGGAGAUGCAACCUCCUAGCCCUAGCCCUAGCCCUUUUCAUUCUGCGCAAGAAAUGAGAGCUGGUUUGGACAGCAUUCUGAUAGAACAUUUUGGGCAUCAAAUUGUCGAACAACUAUUUGAUCGAUACUCCAAGAAAGUUGCAGGACGUUCACGCCUUGCUCCUUCUGUCGGACUAUUUGUCAUUCUCAAGCGCAGAUACGUUGAGUCGUGUAAUCAGAAUGUGCUGGAUUCUACAUAGUCGAUCAUCGUUAUGUUUGUUUCAUAUGCCAUGAAAACUAUUUUCUCCAUCCUUUUUUCGUUUGAAUAUAUGCACUUUCAUGACAUUGACAUUAUCAUGUAAGGUUAAAUAAUGACUUUUCAUUUACACCGUUGACAAGUCGAUUCAUAUUA